AUGGUAGGAUAUGGGCGUUGGUUGGUGAUAAUACUUGCCCCUCGCAACAAGUGCCCGGAAACAGACUCCAUUACUAUUAUAAUCCUUCCGAGAGGUUUUCUUACUUGUUACACGAACCGUGAUCCCGGUUUUCUACCAAUCACAUACUGCCACGUCCCUUUUCACCAGGCCUCAUUGUCUCCACAAUAUUAUCCCCCUUCCCCUCCAGAGGCUCAGGUAUUGAUGAGGAGGAUGGAGGAAAUGGAGGAGAAAUGGAAAAAGAAGGGAAAAAACAAAGUACCCGGAAACAAGUGUCGUGAAUUUCCAUGGGACGGCGCUGAUCAUCUAGUUGCUUGUACCCCCCCCCUAGCUGACCACAGCCACGGAUCUUGGCCCUACGUCGGAGAAGAAAAUACAAAAGAGUACUUUGCGGCCACCGGUAAAGAAAUGGGAAACCACUGCUCCUGCAGCGAGUCAAUACGCGAGAUGCGAACCGAAAUCGGGGAACUACGAAAGGAUAUUGCGAAGCUGACAAGGGAUAGGGCGGUGCCGAAGGCACAGGUCGGGGGUGGAAGAACUACUGCUCGUAGUGGUGGUGGUGGUGGCGGUAGUGGUGGGGUAUACGGUCAAGCAACAGUAGCAACAAGGAGGCGUUGGCCGGUUGGACGCUACGGAAGUUCUGAGGAGUCCAAGGCAGCGGAAGAAUUUGUGGCUAGGGCAAGGAGGUCAAGGAACUACGGAAGGGAUAGGAGUUGAAGUGGUUGGGCAGGUGAAGAUACUUUAGUAUAGCCUAAAUAAGCUAGGAACUUAGGGCGAGUUUAGCUCACCGUAAGCCACGCACGCUCUUAAUUGCUGGAAUUUUAUUCUCGUAUCAUACCAA